AUGGGUUCCAAGACUAUAAUUUUGGGAGCUCUAACUGUCGUUCUCGGUGUUUCUUAUCAAACAAUCCUGAAAGACUGGCUUUAUCUCAACUUCGGAAUAGGGCGAAUUCAUACGCAUCUCGAAGACUAUCCUUACACGUGUCGACGACUUGAGCAUCCUCUUUUAUCCGCUUGCGAAGAUCUCUUUCUUGAUUAUGAGGGUCGCGCAGUAUAUGCUGCCUGUUCAACAGUCGAAAGCCGAAGGGGCUGGAUUCCUGGGGGAAAUCAUUUCAAUGUAUCCCAGAGAACCCUGGAAGAUCACGUGUCGGUACUCAAGAUUGAUGAGCCGGGAGCGGAUGGACUUUAUGGUCUUCAUCAGCUAGAGAUUACCGGAGGAUACAAGGGUGUAGAUAAUCAUAACUCUAUUGAUGUUCACGGGUUCGACGUCGAAAUCUUGCCCGAUUCCCGGCGCAGAUUUUGGAUGAUCAAUCACAGACCCCCUGUGGAUGAGUCGGGAAAUUUCCUUGAUGCAACAAAGCUAGGAGCAAACUCAACUGUGGAAGUUUUUGACUUGGUUCCCGGAUCUAAAAACCUCGAGUUUGUUAAGACUUUUGCCAAUCCAAUUAUCAAUACACCAAACAACAUUGCUGCAACUCGAGAUGGUGGAUUCGUAUUCACGAACGAUCAUUCAGCUAAAACGGGACUUAUUCGCUCAUUGACUGAAAUUAUUGGGGGAGGGAAUACUGCCAUGUGUGAGUCUGACAAUCAAUGUCAUUCUGGCCCCUCCAAUCGAUUCCCCAAUGGUAUAGUUCAAGGAAAAGAUGGGCUCUACUACGUAGCCUCAAGUAUUACAGGCAAGAUUUCUGUCUACUUCCUCGAAGCCAAUCAUACAUUUACCCGCAUUGACGAAAUCGAUCUCCGCAUCCAUAUUGACAAUUUAUCUGUGGAUGCCAAUGGCGACAUUUUAGCGGUCGGAUUCCCAGACGUUCGAAAAGUGCGCAAGUCGCUGGAAGAUCCUACUGUCUACGCUCCUACUACGGCUUUUAGGAUACGUAAGCUUGAUACUGAGGAUGGAGGGUGGAAAUAUGUGGUUACGAAGAUAUUAGAGGAUAUCGAUGCUAAGGUUUUGUCGGCUGCUACUUCAGUGGUACAUGAUCCUAAAACGGGACAGUUAUUCUUUGCUUGUCUUACAGCACCUUUUGUUGUCGUGUGCGAGGAAGCUUAG